GUGCGCACGCGCGUCCGCAAGUGCGCGGGGUUGUGCGUGAAGCCCGAGGUUUGAUCCGCUUCAGUCCUGCAGAGAGACAGAGAGAGAGAGAGAGAGGGAGAGUGAUGGGGGAGAACCGGUCAGCAGUGCGCAUGUUCCUGUGGAGUCUCUCCGCCGUCUACAUGUUCGCCUUCGCCUCGGUUUAUCUACAGAUUCCCGGUCUGUACGGUAACGAGGGCAUUCUGCCGGCGAGGUGGAGUCUGCGGGUGGUGGGGAAGAGCCUGUGGGAGCAGCUGAGGGACACGCCCACUCUGCUGUGGUUCGGCCCGCGGCUCGGCCUCGACACGCAGCACUGCAUGGAGCUGCUGAGUCUGAGCGGAAGCGUUCUCAGCCUGGCGGCCAUGACGGUCCCCGCCCUCAGAGACUGCAGGGUCUAUCUCGUCCUGUGGGUUCUCUACAUGUCUCUGUACCAGGUCGGCCAAGUCUUCCUGUACUUCCAGUGGGAUAAUCUGUUGUUAGAGGCGGGGUUCCUGGCGAUCCUCAUUGCCCCGAUGCGAAUGCCGUGGGGUUCCAGGUCGAACCUCUACGACGGCGUGACCUUCUGGCUCGUCCGCUGGCUGCUCUUCCGCCUAAUGUUUGCGUCUGGAGUUGUGAAACUGAACAGUCGCUGCCCCACCUGGUGGGGACUCACAGCGGUGACGUAUCACUACGAGACGCAGUGUAUCCCGACGCCCCUGGCCUGGUUUGCCCACCAGUUACCCGUCUGGUUCCAGAAGCUCAGCGUGGCCGGGACCUUCGUCAUUCAGAUCCCCGGGCCGUUCCUCUUCUUCAGUCCCGUCCGCCGACACCGGCUCCUCGCUUUCUACAUGCAGCUCUUACUACAGGUGCUGAUCAUCUUGACGGGGAAUUAUAACUUCUUUAACCUGCUGACGAUCAUGCUGUGUGUGUCGCUGCUGGAUGACAAACACAUCGAGUUCUGGCUGCGCAGACGCACGCAACACAGCGAGAGGAGCUGCCCCCUGCAGGCCGUGUUGGGGUGGGUGUGUCUGGUGGUCGAGGUGGCUGUGUACGCGCUGCUCGUCUACUGGACCGUCCUCUACUUCGACCUGAAAGUGGACUGGGAGAAGAAGAGCGUCUCCUCUCGAACAGCUUUCACACAUUAUGAGUUUCACAGCUUCCUAAAGGCCGUGACGGUGCCCAGUAUCUGGCUCGGGGUUCUGUCUCUCACCUGGGAGAUCAUCACUGCCAUGUUCAGGAUUGCGUGUGUGCGGGGUGUGUUUCGGCGUCUCUGGAGCACGGUGCAGUGGGGCGUCUUCUCUGCAGCUGCAGCCUCCAUGUUCGCCAUCAGCCUGAUCCCUUACACCUACAUCGAGUAUGAGGCUCACUCUAACCUGUGGCCUGGGUUGCGCAAGGCGUUCGACUUGACCGACCGCUAUCAGCUGGUGAACUCGUACGGUCUGUUCCGGAGGAUGACGGGUGUCGGAGGUCGUCCCGAGGUCAUCGUGGAGGGCAGCCUGGACGGCAGGACGUGGACGGAGAUCGACUUCAUGUAUAAACCGGGGAAUCUGAGUACAGCGCCCCCGGUGGUCAUGCCUCAUCAGCCCCGGCUGGACUGGCAGAUGUGGUUCGCGGCCCUCGGAUCUCACACACAGAGCCCGUGGUUCAGCAAACUGGUACAGCGCCUCCUGCAGGGCAAGAGGGACGUGAUAAAGCUGAUUCAGACGGACGAGGCUCAGUACCCGUUCAUUAAGCAGCCUCCGCUCUACAUCCGCGCUCAUCGCUACAAGUACUGGUUCACCGAGCCGAAAGAGGACGGGACGCUACCUCAGAGGUGGUGGAGGAGGAUCUAUGUGGAGGAGUUUUAUCCGCCCGUGCGUCUCGGUGACGCGCUUUUGGAGGACAUGCUGACUCAGCACGGCCUCAACGUGAAGGACAAGCCUCCCACCCGGCGUGCCUCUUCCUGGCUCUUGCGGACGUUGCAGUUUGUAGGUGAACACGUGAGAGACGUUCCUCCUCACAUCCUCCUCUGGACGCUCUUCAGUUCUGCAGCUACAGUGUGUCUGAUCAACUGUCUGCGCUCACACACACGUCCUUCGACACACACACACUCCCGAGAGCUGCAAGUGGAGGAGGAGAAUGUCAAGAAGCAAGAGGAACAGGAAGAGGAACAGGAAGAGGAACAGGAAGAGGAAGUAAAUGAGGAGGAGAACGAGAGUGAAGAAGAGGAGGAGAGGAAGAGUAGUGAUGAGAAUGAAGGAUGUAACAACGGAGAGAACAGUAUAGAGUCAGAUCGCUGUGUUAGGAAACGGAAAUGAAACACUACGUAGCGAACACGAGUACGCUACGUUAUGCUACGGUACGCUACGUCGCCUCGCACCGCUCACCUGCCUGCUUUCGGUUUAUUACAAAAAAGAAAUGUUUUCAAGGUUAAACCAGCGUUCGACAAUCCUUACACUCCUUUAUGAUGGAGCUUAAAUUUUAAUUGAUAUAAACACACACACACACGAUGCUCUCAGGAAAGUGUAUCAUGUUGUGAUUUAUCAGAGUAUCAGUGACGUCUCGUAUUUAAACACACACACACACACACUCAUCGCGCAACAUCUUAAACGGGAUUCUUUAUAAAAUUUAUUCUAGCAGGUAAUUUUUUUAAAUGUCGCUUCUCGUGUUGUGAUUUUGUCGUGAGAUUCAUCAGCUGCAUGACAAUCCAGUCGUCUCCUCUUCAUCAUCAUCAUCAUCAUCCGCCCUCACUGAGACACUUAAUUUUAUUCUCUUCCUCACAUUACUCUCUCUCUCUCUCUCUCUCUCUCUCUCUCUCUUAGUGUUCUUUCUUGCGGUUUUUUUUCCAGUUUGUUCAGACGUAGACGACUUACGUGAAGUGAAACACUUUUUGUACGUUUAUAAUAAAACACUUUUCAUCUCAGCGCUGUGAGUCCGAGUUCCGUCUCCUGGUCGCUCAGGUGCUGUUGAUUAAUUCUCUAUAACGGCGUCUCUGACAGCAGUGCAGGUUUAUGCUGAUGUGCUCCUUUGAUACGGUGUUGUUUCCAUGGUAACGGCUCAUAGACAGAGACGCCUCUUGUGAUCACUGAUAGAGUUGGCUGGUUCCCUAACAUCAGUGGGAGGAGUCUCCAGUGUCGGUGCUUUAAAUAAAAGAUGUAACACGAGAA